GUGGUUCGCGCCGCAACGAGCGGAAUCAGCGGAUGUGUAGCGAAGCUGUAUUUUAAACGUUGGAUGCUGGACGACAGUUGGAUAUUUGGGGGUGAGAUUUCACUUUAAACUUUAGCUCCAACUUUCAUUAUUCAUUAACUCAUGAAUAUGAUUUAAGUGGAAGACUUAAAGAAAAACGUCGUGGCAGUUAUUAGAGACUCAACAGCCAAUUCCGAGAGAGAGGAUUAAAAAGCCACACUGGUCCAGAGACUAUUUUCUUGAGACAAACCUUCCGUUGCGGGUUUUUUGUUUCCCUUAAUUUAAUUUCAUAACUCUCCGGUUGAGUCAGUAUGGCAUCUAGAGGACCACUGACCAGAUUAUUGAGAUCCACGUUGAGUUCCUGCCAGCAGAACCGAUCGCAUUCUGUUGCCAUUUUAGGAGCUCCGUUUUCCAAAGGACAGAAAAGGAGAGGGGUGGAACAUGGGCCCAAAGCCAUCCGGGAUGCGGGUUUGUUGGAGAGACUUUCAAAUCUUGACUACCCUGUGCAUGAUUUUGGAGACCUGACCUUCAAGCAUCUGGAAAAAGAUGAACACUUUAUGCGCGUGCCAUUCCCACGCACAGUUGGCCGUGCCAAUCAGCUGCUAUCGGGAGCUGUAAGCGGUGCAGUUGGGGCGGGACAUACCUGCAUCAUGCUGGGGGGAGACCACAGCCUAGCGAUUGGUUCAGUGGAAGGCCAUGCCCAGCAGUGCCCUGACCUGUGUCUGAUUUGGGUGGAUGCUCAUGCGGAUAUCAACACUCCUCUGACUUCACCUUCUGGAAACAUCCACGGCCAGUCUGUAGCAUUCUUACUUAAGGACCUGCAGAACAAGAUGCCAGAGGUUCCUGGAUUUUCCUGGGUAAAACCCUUCCUGUCUGCCAGAGAUCUGGUCUACAUCGGCCUCAGAGAUGUGGAUCCAGGCGAGCAUAUAAUCCUGAAGACCCUGGGAAUUCAGUACUUCUCUAUGCGGGACAUUGACAGAAUGGGCAUUCAGAGAGUAAUGGAGGUCACGCUGGAUCACCUCUUGGCAAGGAAACAAAGGCCGAUCCACCUGAGUUUUGACAUUGAUGCUUUUGACCCAUCCCUGGCUCCCGCCACUGGAACUCCUGUUAACGGAGGACUGACCUAUAGGGAGGGCAUCUAUGUAACAGAGGAAAUCCACAACACAGGUUUACUCUCUGUGAUGGACGUGGUUGAAGUGAACCCAACACUAGGAGCCACGCCUGAGGCUGUGGAGGCCACAUCCAGCCUAGCCGUUGACGUCAUUGCAUCUGCUCUCGGUCAGACGCGCGAAGGUGCACACGUCGCCUUCCCGAAGAUUCCAGAACCAAAAGAAGACACUGAAUUGCGGAUAUAAAGCACCAGCUAAUCAAGGACUUUGACAAACGAACCACUUCGCAUUCCAAAGUCUAAAAGAAAAACAUUGAAGUAUUUGCCAAGACUGAGCACCAGACUUAAGAUUUAGUUUGAAGCUUACUGUAGUCUCUUGGUCAGAAAAAAUGGUUCAGUCACUGGUAAAGUGCUGCUUUAAGCGCAUGGGUGAGAUUUAUUAUGUACCUGCCACUAAUUUCAGCUUGGCUAAAAAUGAAAACAAAAAAAGGCUGAGAUCUGGAUUCUCUAUAUUUUAGGACUAAAUUUUUUGUCUGAAAAUUAAAUGUUUUUAAUGUGUGUCAGCUGUCAUGGUAUUUGUAGGUAACCCCUUAUCACACUCUGGGAUUUACUGCAGGAAAAAGGGACAUUUUUUUUUUAAGGCUGAGUUGACUUUACUGUGGUGGACUGAUUGAAUUUACUUUUAAUUUGAAACCUGUUUGCACUUUUGGACCAGAACUGGUUUUGUUGUAUUUCUAUGUUUGUUUGUUUCUUUUGUAUAGUAGAGGAUUGGUUUUAUUGGCAAAUCUAACCCUACGGGUUUGGUUGGGUUGAGACUGAGUUGAUUUUUUUUUUUUUUUUUUUUAAAUAGUGGAUUUGAAAUAAGUUAUUUUAGUAAUUUUCAUACAUAUUUAAUUAAACCUUUGAAAAGUCAUUUAUGAAUGCAUUUCGUACAACUUUUCAGAUAUGUAUUUGCCACUAGUACCAGUAUCUUCAGGAGUGGAGGGUUAAUUUGUUGCAUUUCUCUGUUUCAUCAAAAAAAAAUGUUGCAAUAAACUUGUGUACUGGAGACAGA